UGCCAUCAACAGUUUGUAGUGUUGCAUGGAUCAGAUCAUCCGUCCCGUGGAAUCUCUCAAUACAAUUAAUGUAUUGAAUUCUGACAAUUCAUUAUACCAUAUUGAUGAGCCUACUUUAACUGCUGCUCAGUAGAACUGCGCAUCACCACUAUACUUGGUCUGUGGCGGCAAGCGCGUGCGACUUGGCUGUCGUCUGCUCCUCCGCUGUACCACUUAGAGAAGCAGAGAAGCAAGGGGGUAUCACACAGUACUCGUUGGAAGCACAAUAUACCAUUGGAAUAUUCAGAGAGGUCAUAUGAACGUCACCAGCUUCAUCAUUAAGAAUCAUCAUGUAAAUUAACUGAAUGGACGACGACUGUUGCCUGGUGGGAAGACAUUAACGUUGCAUAGACGGCGCUUCAGACAGCUUCAGCGCCUGUACAAUAACACACUAAAGAGGCCGGUAAGCAUGGUGCAGCUGUUUUAUUACGAGACUCGGGGCAAAUGUUGCCGCAAGGUGUUUAACUAUGAGGGUUACCCUACCAAAGUCAUGUUAUUUCCGUACGAGGGAUGGGCCCAGCCUGCUCUCGUGUCUUACUGGCUUCUGAAAACCUAUUGGUGGAGCCGCUCGCGCUGCAAGAUAGUUGAGGUCUCAGGGGUCAAAAAACGCACCACCAAGGGGAAAAUGGCGGACAAAGGUAGCGGAGCAAUGACCAUUACGGGAAAAUUCAAAGACACUGUAUGUCCUGAUUUUAGGAUGACGUUGACGACGAAUAUAAGUAACGCCGACUUCCAACUCGGAUACUGCGUCACUGGAACGCUUGAACGAGGUGACAAGAAAAGGGCUGAUCUCCAACUUACACAUUUUGCUAUGGUUAAGAGAAAAGGAUAUUGACAUGACCCCGUGUUCCUUUCCAUCAUGCGAAAACUCAAAUAUUGAUAUUUUGUCCAUUUUCUUCCAUAUUGGGCGCGAUAUGAUAUCACCUGAAAACCGGUCGCCUGAUUAAGAUCAAGAUGGACGCCCAUUCUCUUGUUCCAUUCCAGUGCAAUAGAUAUACGUCGUCAUUCCGUGUUGUGCCAAUGCAGUGUAUCCGCCAGCCAUAAGUAGUCGAUGAAAACUUGCAUCCAGUUGUGUACCUGGAAUAACUCAGAAUUGGAAUUCGGAAUGAUUAGUACUCCCGAAUGAGAGCUCCUGUAGAUUAGUAUAUUAAUUGAUAUAAAUGUUUUGUUUGAGUUGUGAGUAACACAACGAAAUGGUUCAAAAGAACUUACGUUAUUAUUAGAUUAUUUGUUACAUUAGAAUCUUUUAUAGUCUAUUGAUUUUUGUUGUUUGUAGUUAUAUGUUUGUGCCAAGUUGUAGCGAAUUUGUUUUGAUUGUUUAUACAUAUACAUAGCUUUAUAUUGUUAGAAUGUUUGCUUGUCAUAUUUAUAAAAAUACAACAUAUCUUUAUAUAAUUUAAAGACGUCCACUCAUCACUUUUAUCGUUAUUGAUAAUGACUAGUCGGUCGAUAACCGUGUUAAUGUAAAAUAAAUUCGUGAGAGAGAUACAUUUUAUUUUGUCAUAUUCUUGAAAUAAACCGCAUUUAGUGUUCAACAAAACCCGAAAGAACACUUCUUGUAAUAAAAUUGUCGUUACUUGCCGAUACACAGUUCGAUGUUGUAACAGAUGAAGUUGAUUGCGUCAUAAUAGAUCAAUUUGGCCAUGUGGACAAUGUAACAGCGCGCCCUGAUGACAACCAGAUUUUACAGAACGAUGGAAGGAAGUUAGCAUCAGCCGACGACGUGGUAUAUAUGUAUGAGGAAUGUGUCUCAUUCAAAGUUAUUACCUCUCCAACGCGGGUCUCUCCGGAGGCUAGGAGAAAUAAAGUAUGGAGCUCUAACGACCAUACCUUAAAACCACGCCAACUGUUGUAAAGGAAUGCUACUAUAGAAAGCACAUUGGGUUCAGGCAUUUCAGAAAACGGAAAUUGAGAAGAAAUCCAGCCGUGGAGAGUGACAGUGAUGUGUGAGAUUUAGCGCGUUAAAUGUCGGUAAAUUCAGUCAUUAAAUAUGUGUGGAGAGAACAGAUAUCCCUCGAGUACUGCAAUGUCUAUAACUGUAUAAUCAAUGGUUUGAUUGUGUAAUGGUUGCAUUGUAAACAGAAAGGAGGUCAUAUGUAAGAAAUUGUCAUGGAAUGUCUUGGCCUGCUGUUACCAUUCCGUUUCUUUAUUUCCCGCUGGACAUAUGCUAUCUAGAAAUUAUUGACGUUGUUUAAAGGAAUUAUCAUUAUUUUUUUUCAAAUUCAACUAAACGUUAAACAACAUGAAAUUUAAAAUCUUUACAUUUUUCAUUUCUUAUAAGUAGACCAGACGCAUCUACAACAACUCUCUCAAAUUACAGAAGCAAAGCCUAACAAGUAAUCAUCUAAUUCGGAUAUCUAAUGAAUAUUUACAAAACAGGUACAGUACAAAAGGGGUAACAGAUGAAAUACAAAUGACUUUCAACGGCCAAUUUGAAUCCUUUCGGUUGGAAUCAAAAGCAUUAUCAACCUUGUUUUUUUAUCAUGCUGGUAUAAAAUUUUGAAAUUUCCUAAUGAUAGAAACAUACCAAUUAGCCUAUUUAUAAGGUAAAGAUGCGUAUUCAAGGCCAAAAUAAUAUACAAUGUGCUAAGUCUGAAGAAAUAAACUGAAUGCCAUCAUGCAUUCUUGUGUUGUUCUAUUUUAGGACUAAUUCGAUUGUCUAGUAUCCUUUAUGUAAUGAAGGAAUUAAAUGAUGUUUUAAAAAGCUACAUCUCAGACAACAUGUAUUCAUGACCAUUGGAAACAAGAAACGACGUAUCAUUGUACCAUAUCAAAAUUACAUGACUUACACUAUUACUACCCUUCGAAAGAUUCAGCUUCUCUUUAAUUUUUAAAUGACGUAAAGUAAGUAACUGCCUCCCGAAGAGAAUACAUUGUGUUCCACCUCUAUAUUUGGUACAUAACUUUGUCUUAUAACCGAUAACUUUUUCGACAUUGUGAUUAUCUAUAAUUCUGUACCUUGGAUGACAUUUCAUGCAUUUCUUUUGUGACAAGCAGUGUCGGCGAUGUAGCAUCUUAACUUUUCAUAUUAUACAAAACGGUCCGAGAAGCCAAGUUGUCUCACAACCUGGUCCGUGUAUCAGGUGACUUAAUCACCAACGCUUGAAUAUGUAUAUUUCAAAGGAAAUGAAUAAUAUCAUCGACCAACGAAAUGCUAAUCUAUCAAGGGUAUUUUAAAUAGUCUUCAGUACGUUUUAGAGGAUUUGACGAUAGUGAUUUGCGAAUAUUGAAUUAAAGGCAGUGUAUGUGGUUUAUUGAAUACAGUCUAUGUUUGGGUAAAAAGAAAUAGAUGUGAAAUGAAGAACUGACGGGUGAGAUAGUUUGUGGUAUCUUAAGAUAUUAAUGACUUAUCUACAAUAGAGGUUGUUUUUUCGACGUUUAAACUUUCUAAAUUUCUUUCCUAAGUUUGAAAGAAAGAAGAUAUAUUUCCUGAAAUUAUGAAAGUGGCCAUGAUUUUCUGUAACAUUAAAUAAGGUAUCCAACUUUCGCAAUUAUAUUUUACCUGGAAAAUAGCGAAGAUAGAAUCCGUUGAAAAUAACAACCUUUACGAGGAUGAGCAUGUACACUACUGUUUG